AUGUAUGGUAGUUCAAAUACAGGAGUCUAUGGUGGUCAAGAGAAGAAUCAAAAUCAUCAACAACCUCAACAUGGAUUACUCUAUAGUAAUUACCAACAAGAUCAUUUAAUUCGUGGAUCCCCAUUACAAUCUCAAACAUUAUCAUAUAAUUUAGGAAAUCAAUCGCAUAAUAAUAAUAAUAAUAAUAAUAAUAAUAAUAAUAAUAAUAAUAAUAAUAAUAAUAAUAAUAAUAAUAAUAAUAAUAAUAAUCAACAACCUCCACAAACACAACAACAACAAUCAUCACCAUCACCAUCACCAUCACCAAAUAAUAAUCAACCAUUUUAUAAUCCGAAUAUAAAUGGAGGUGCACCUCCACCACAACCUAUAUAUAACCCUAAUAAUGGUUUAUAUGGAUACACACCUCACCAAACAGGUUAUGAAAUUGAUCAGCCAGAAGAUGAUGGUUAUUAUGAUGGUACUUGGUUCGAAAUGAGAGUUGUACCUGAAUAUCCGUCAUCAAAUUCUCAAAAUCCAAUUACAAGUUUAAAAUUUGAUCAUUGGGAAGAAUUACUUUGGGUUGGUUAUCAAAAUGGUAAAAUAUCAUCAUUAAUUAAUCCAACAUUAGAUAGAUUUUCAAGUUUUUUUGUAGAUAAAACAGAGAUUAAAGAUUUAUUAGUGGAUUCAGAAGGUAUUAUAUCAUUAUCAAAGACAGCAUUAUCAUAUCAUAGUAGAGGUGGAGCACCCAUUUAUCAAAUAAAGAAUGAUAGGAUGAAAGAUUUCAAUGCAAUUUCAUUUUCAAACUUUGAAAACACAGAGAUAGUGAUAGGAUCAGAUCAAAAUACAUUAUAUGUUGUGGAUUUCUUUACAGGUAAAGUGGUGAAAGAGGUGACGAUGUCAUCAGGUGUUAAAACCAUCAACAGGGGUAGAAGUUUAUGGUGUGGUCAAACCAAUGGUGAGAUAUCAAUGUUGGAUCCUAGAACUUGGAGAAUUGAAAGUUCAUUACCCGCUCAUAAAGGCGAUAUAAAGAGUGUCGAUAUUAAAGGUGACCUUUUGGUUAGUUGUGGUUGUUCACCAAGAUUGGGUCAAAUGUAUAUCGAUCCAAUUGUUAGGGUAUACGAUAUAAAGACCAUGAGAUCUCUACCACCAAUUCAAUAUAAAAGACCAUCAAUCGUUAAAUUCCAUCCAAUAUUCUAUUCAACGGUUGUGGUUGUUAGUGAGUCUAGUAAUCAAAUUUACCUUUGUGAUGUUCAAGGCGAUAUUCAAUCCCAAUCACCACCUUAUCUUCAAAUAGAUUCUUUGUUUGGUUAUUUACAAUCGUUUGAUAUCGCACCAACAGGCGAGUGUAUGGCAUUUGGUGAUAGUGGUGGUUUAGUUCAUCAAUGGGCUGAAAAAGAGGAUAUUCACGUCAACAUUAAUCCUUAUCCAACUGAAUGUGUACCAUUCACCCAAUUAUCAAGACCUCAGAAAAUGGAUGAAUAUUCUCCAUUAAGCGAUGUAAUCUUUGAUCAACCACCCCCUGUGCCACCUUAUGAUCAAUUCCCACUCUCUUAUUGGAAACCAAAUUUAUCUUAUCCCGUUGGUUUACCAACUAGACCAAUUAAUUCAUCUUUAUUAGUUCAUUUAAAACAACAUGAUUUCGUUGGUUAUAUUUCAAAUACUGGUAUUUCAAGAAAACAGAUUCGUGGUAAAGCAUAUGAAGAUGGUAGCAAAAAAACUUUAUCAAAUUUAACAAUAUCAUCAAUGUCACAUAUUAGACCACCCAAAUCAUAUAGAUGGGGAGAAAUGAAAUUUAAAAAGUUUGGAGUUGAAGAUUUUGAUAUGGUGGAAUAUAAUAAAACUAAAUUUGCAGGAUUAGAGAAUAUAUUACCAAAUAGUUAUACCAAUAGUUGUAUUCAAAACCUUUAUUUCAUACCACAAAUUAAAGAGACAAUGUUGAAUCAUUUAUGUACUAGAAACUAUUGUCUUAGCUGUGAACUUGGUUUUGUUUUCCAAAUGAUGGAUAAAUGUCAAGGUAACAUUGUUGACACCAGUAACUUUAUUAGAGUAUUAAAACAAAUUCCUCAAACUGCUGCCUUAAGUAUUUUCUUAUCUGGUGAUUCACCUGAUCCACAAAUACCUUUAACUCAAUUAAUUGCAAAUUUUAAUAGAUUCCUUUUAGAUCAAAUUCAAAAAGAAUUAACUCCUCCAAUUCCAACCUACAAUAAUAACAAUGAUGAUAAUAAUAAUAAUAAUAAUAAUUUAAAUACAAAUAAUGAUACUAAUAAUAAUAAUAAUAAUACAAAUAAUACAAAUAAUAAUUGUAUAAGUAAUAUUAAUGAUACGAUAAUUGAUAAAUUAUUUGGAUCAAUUACAACUUCAUCAAAUAAAUGUAUAAAUUGUGGACAUCAAUAUGAAAAACAAUCAAGACAAUUCCAAUAUGAUAUCGUUUAUCCAAAUACACCGCAAGAGUUGGGCGGUGAUUCAACUUUUAGUAAUUUACUAAAACUUAGUUUAACAAAGCAAAUUAAGUCACCUGCAUGGUGUGAAAAAUGUUCAACUUUUUCAUCAACCUUUCAAAAGAAACAACUCAAAACAUUACCAAAUAUUUUAUGUAUAAAUGCAAAUUGUUUAAAAAAAGAAAAUGAAGAAUAUUGGAAAUAUGAAGUUGCAAAUAUUAUUCCUGGUUCGAAAACUUUUAAUGCAACACCAUCAUCAAUACCUUUACAACAAUCGCAAUCUUCAACAACAACGACAACUUCAUCAACAUCAACAAUAACAGUACCACCCUCAACUUAUAAUAAUAAUAAUAAUAAUAAUAAUAAUAAUAAUAAUAAUAAUAAUAAUAAUAAUAAUAAUAGUAAUACAAAUUCACAACCAAUUAAUAAUACAAAUAUAUCAACACCAAAUGGUAAGACAUUAUCACCACCAAAUUUUUCAACACCAACUCAUCAAACCCAUCAAUCAUCAACGCCGAUUUCAACACCAACACAUCAAAUAACUACAUCAAAUUCUUCAACUUCAUCAAAUUCUUCAACUUCAUUAUCUCCAUCAUCUUUAUCAAUACUAAUAAAUAAUAAUCAAUUAACAACAACUACAACAACAACAACAACUACCAACACUGCAACUCCAAUUGAAGAGAUAACAUGGUUACCAUUAAAAAUUCGAAUUAAAAUCGACGAUAAUGGUCAAUUAUUUAUUACAGAAUACCCAAAUAAUCCAGAGAAAUCAAAACAUCAUGUUGAUCCAAAAGAUUUAACACAAGAAAUCAACAAAGAUGGUCAAUUAUAUGAAUUGACUGCAUGUGUAUCACAUAUAAAAGAUCAAGUGAAAAGGAUACCAAAACAAGGUCAUUGUGUUUCUCAAAUUAAAGUUUCUGAUUUUUAUAAUAAGGAAUUUAAAGAAGAAUCAUUAGAAUUACUUGGAUCAAAUAAUAAUAGUAGUAAUAGUGAUAAUGAAAAUAAUACCAACAACACAACCACUUUUAAUAAUAAUAAUAAUAAUAAUAAUAAUAAUAAUAAUAAUAAUAAUAAUAAUAAUAAUAAUAAUAAUAAACAUCGUCCAAAUUAUAUCGAUUCAACAUGGUUUAAUUUCAAUGAUUUCAAAAUUAAUGAAUGUUCACCAACCGAUGUAACACAUUUUGAUACUAAUUGGAAGACACCAUCAAUUUUGUACUAUAAUAAGGUAGUUAGCAAUAGUUCUACCGAUACCACAAUAACAAAUAUUCCAAUACCACCACAUAUUUCAACCAUUACUAAAGAAGUUUAUUUACAAAAUAAUAUGGUAACAUGUAAAACACCAAUCAAUUUUACACCAGCAACAGCAAAUACCAUACCUAAAGAGAAUGAUCUCGUCGCUAUUGAUACAGAAUUUGUUUCUAUUGGUCCAGAGGAAACAGAGGUUAGUUCUGAUGGUAAAAGAGUUAUCAUUCAACCUGGUAAUUUUAGUUUAGCACGUGUUUCAAUCAUUCGUGAAAAUGGUGAAGCAUUUUUUGACGAUUACAUUCAAUCCAUUGAACCUGUAACAGAUUAUCUAACUCGUUUCAGUGGUAUUAAUCCCGGUGAUUUAGAUCCAAAGUUAUCCACUAAAAAUGUUAUAACCCUAAAGAGUUGUUAUCUUAAACUUCGUUAUCUCGUUGACCAAGGUGUGAAAUUUGUUGGACAUGGUUUGAAAAAGGAUUUCCGUAUCAUUAAUAUUUAUGUACCACCAAAUCAAAUCAUCGAUACCGUAGAAUUGUUUCAACUAAAGAAUCAAAGAAAGCUCUCACUUCGUUUCUUGGCUUAUAUCCUCCUAAAGAUUGAUAUUCAAUCAGAGACUCAUUGUUCUGUAGAAGAUGCAAAGACUGCAAUGGAUCUCUAUAAAGCUUACCUUCAAUUAGUAAGAAACAAAGAAUUUGAUGAAACUCUAAACAAAAUCUAUCAAAUCGGAAGAAGUCUUUCUUUUAAGGUCCCCGAACCAAAUAUUGAACUACAAUCUUUACCUCAAAUCCCUUCAAGUAUAAUUGAUAGUUUAAAUUUUAAUUUUGAUUUAUCAAUUUCUGUUAACCAAUUACUUGAUCAAAUUAAACAACAAGUUUCACCAACUACAACAACCACUGCGACAUCUUCGCCACAAUCUCCUUUAAAAAAUCAAAAUCAAAACAAAAAAAAAUAA